AUGUUGGUUAACAUAAUUGGCCUUGUUUUAUACGUUGGAGAUAUCAUUCCAAUACACAGGAAAGAUGGCAGUCAAACACAGAAGUGUGUUGUGAAAAUUAAUGAUCUGUCUGGUUCAACAAUUGAAAUCAACCUAUGGGGUUCAAUGGCAGAACAAAAAGGCCUAGAAUUGAAAAAUAUGCUAACCAAUGAUAGUGUGGUUAUCCUUGCUUUGCGUAAUGCUCAUGUUGGCUAUUUCAAUGAGAAGCUUAUAAAUAUAACAGUUGCGACCACAUUACAUAUCAACCCACCUUUUCCAGAAGCAAAACCUCUAACAUUAAGAGGAAAGGACCCUUUGCUUGUUGUACCCUUUGUUGUAGAAACUAUCCACAUAGAUGGGAAAUAUACUAGAAUGACUAUUUCUUCAAUCCGUGAGAGGAUGAGUGUCAAACCAGAAACAAUUCAGACUACUUUGCUAGCUGUUCUACGUUUUGUAAACGUAAUUGAUCAAAGUUUCUGUUACGCAGCUUGUCCACUAAUAGUCAAUGGAAGGCCUUGCAAAAAAAAAUGUACACAGCAAGUUGAUGAUUCUUGGUUCUGCCCUAGAUGUGAAAUGACCAUACAAGACUGUAAUUAUAGUUACUUGUUGCUAGUAAAGUUACAAGAUGCCACAGGUACUCUUUGGGCCACUGCAUUUGAUGAGGGUGGCAUUCACUUGCUAUACAAAACUGCAAAAGAGCUUUGUGCACUACAAAAUGAUGCAACAACAAUAGAAACACCUUGCUCAGUGAUUAAAAGACUACUGUCACAUCACUAUUCAUUCACACUACUAGUAUCCAUUGACACAUACAAUUCGGAAUCGAAGAUGAAAGUCACAGUCAAUAAAGUCUCUCAUGUUGACUUCAAAGUUGAGUGUGAUGCACUACUUGCAGAAAUUGGUCAUCUAAGUACACAGGCUUAG